GUGCUACUGUAGCGCAAACCAAUAGCAUUUUUGAUUAAUUUGCCGUUGUUCUGUCAGCUAAAAUGCUGCUACCAGUCACCCACUAUCCAGUGUUUGAUAGUGAUGCAUGACAGCAGGCGAGUUGACAAUCACAGUCCUUGUGGUCUGUCUCAUCUCGACGACGAUUAUUUGGGGGUGCACACACAGGCGACGGCGGAGGGCUUGGAGUGGAGGGAAUACGAGACGGAGAGGGCUACGCCGUCGAUUCGACUCAAACAUAGCCUGCGCAUUGUGCGCAUAUGCAGCAGUGACACGGAAAAGCCCAGUCCGCAGAGAAGGACGCCGUUCUGCCUGCUCAUGUUGUCCAUAUCAAGGUCCAGUUUGUGGCUAACGCUAGGUCACAACUGCAGAUUAGCUGGAAUAUGUGGAGUGCCCUCCCGACAACACCAUGGUACAUUUCCUGAAAACCCUUAUCACUGUUUAUACCCAGGACACAUUCCCACUAACCCCAUUCAAAAAGCUCUCUUAGCAGUUGGAUCUGGGGUUGCAGCUCUUCAGAACCCUUACAGACAUGACAUGGUUGCAGUUCUUGGUGAAACCACAGGACACCUGGCCCUUAUGAAGUUGCGUGAUCGGAUGAAGAAUGACCCUGAAGGUUACACUAUUCUCACAGAGCGGCCACGUAUCCGCCUAUCUACUCUAGACUUGGCCCACAUGGCUACCCUUCCAGAUGGCUCAUUUGGGAGGGAAUACCUCCGUUUCCUAGAGGAAAAUAGAGUAACACCAGACUCCCGAGCGGAUGUGAAGUUUGUGGAUAAUGAGGAGUUGGCAUAUGUCAUGCAGCGAUACCGAGAAGUUCAUGACCUUCUGCACACUUUACUAGGAAUGCCCACCAACAUGCUGGGUGAGGUAGCGGUGAAGUGGUUUGAGGCGGCACAAACAGGCCUACCCAUGUGCAUUAUGGGAGCAGCCCUAGGACCGCUGCGUCUGUCCUCAAGUCGUUUGCAGACGUUAGCUACAUCUCUGGGCCCGUGGGCGCUACGUAGCGGUCGGAGGGCGCGAUGCGUCCUCAGCAUCUUCUAUGAGCGCCGAUGGGACCAGAGCCUAGAGGACCUCCGAAAAGAACUGGACAUUGAGCCACCGCCCCUCAUCAUCUCAGCAACAAAUAAGAAACCUGCAGCGAACUCUGAGCCAGCUUCAUGAGCAAGAGCCUUAUAUGACAUGUUUAUAUGUUGUAUGACUGGUGAUUAUGACUAAUGCACUGUAUGAUGUUUGAAGACUGAUGUUAAUAGUAUGUAUCAGUGUGAUAUGUACUGUAUGAGUGAUGAAGUUAGGUUCAUUUUCAUUGGUGGAGUUAACGGGCCAAAGAAUAUGGCAGUACAGUAGUAGAAUGAAUGCUCAUCAAUGAUGUUGAAAGAUGCUUCAAAUGGGGAAAGAAGUAGAUUCAUGUGCUGGGAAUUUCUUUCAUUUGAUUUUCAUCCUGUGUCAACAUCCUUUGUAUGAUUUGUGGGAGAGACAAUUCCAGAUAAUUCCAGCUGAAUCACUGUGUGAAUAGAGACAGUGGGCUGACUCCCACUCGCCACAUACAGUAUCCUGAAAUGCUGUCUCAUUGUCACAAGUCUCCAGAAUGAACCAUGUCCUUGUGACAAGUCACACACUUGUGUUGUGCAUGAGGUUGUUGUUGUUUUGAGAUGCUGAGUCACAAGCUUGGCCCUCUGGAUAUCUGAAGAAUAUCUGAAUAAAGAGCCUUAUUUAAAAAGAA